UGGUGUUGAACAACGCUCGUGCCCAAACAGCUGUGGGAAAAAUCAAUUUUGCUACUCCCUCGCGUUACUUUAAAUAAAGUCUUACUUACUAACGCUAGAAAACCUAAUAAAAAAUGACAUCCAACGGUGACUGCUUUGUUGUUUUGCCUGAGAACUGUGCCGAAGGAACUCUCAUCAUUGGUCGCAAUGCAGAAGACGAAGAAAACGUAAACGUUGCUUCGGAGAUUUGCUUCUAUGAUGUCAGCGAAGUGCUGGAGGGGAAGACUGACGGCGGAGCGCCUGCCGAGUCAAGCGGCGAUGCAGUGCGUGUCAUAUUGCAGAAACCGCAGCCGGGCCUUUGGGGCGGAGACUUUGGGGCCAACGAACGCGGCGUGGCCGUGGGUCUCACCUGGGCGGCAGGUGAAAAAAAGGCCAAGGACAGCGAUAGUCUUCUGGGAACAGAUAUUGUGCGUUUGACUUUGGCUCUGGCCAAAGAUGUGGACGAUGCUGUAGACCGCAUUGGAGGACUGGUGGCCAGCCACGGCCACGACAACUCCAAACUGAACUUCAUCGCUUGUGAUGCCGCAGCUGCCUGGUUCGUAAGUUGCUCGGGCAAGGUCUGGGCCGCCGAAAAGUUGGAGGCCAGCUUUAUGCGACUGCCCUCGGGCGGACUGGCGGUGACCACCGUGGUCAACAAGUCCAGCGAGGGACUGGAUGAGGUGGCCAGUUUUGCCGCUGCCCACGACGCCGAGGCCCAGGCCCCGACCGAGGAUUGGUGUGGACCCAAGCCAGCUGGAGAUGGCACAUAUACCCAGCAUGAUAUGUUCGAGUCGCUCCGAGCAGCCAGCAAUGCGAGCAGCUCGCGGGCAGCCACCGUGUCGGUGCUGUCGGCCAAGGGGAUCUCGUGCCAUUGGUUCACCGGCACGCCCAAUGCCGCCGAGUCUGUGUUCAAGCCGUUCGUUUUUGCCCCUAAGCCGAGGAUCUCACCGCUGACCCAAGUGCAGGGUGAUGCGGACUUGACGCUGCUCCAUAAGCUCCACUCGCAGCGCAAGCCGGCGGCUUUAGAGCACUUGCGCAGCCUGGAGCGGUCCUGUGUGGACGAGCUGAACAACUAUUUCUCUCUGCAGGAUCACGCCAGUGACGAGCUGGACGAACUGCUAAAGGACUGUGUCGAGGCGGAGGUCAAGUUCUAUCGCUAGACAAACGAAUACUUUCUAUAUGGAUACUCCAAAAACUAGCUUGCAAGCUCUAUUGAGCCUCGGAAUUUGACUUGAGCAUUCUUAUGGCAUUACCAAAUAGGAUAUAGUCGGCAAACCAUUUUCUUGUGCAAUCUCUUAUUAAUUUUAUUUUGUUUAAUUUUUAUGCUUUUGCGUGAUAUAUAAAUUAUUAUUUAUUCUAUCUCAGUGAGAAAUCUCUGACUUGAUUUUAAAGUAUUAUAAUGUGACAUUCCAGGCUUAGUUUAAAGAUUUACAUACUUGCAUUAAAAUAUAUAUGAAUACAUACAAAAAUAUACAUUAUAUAUGGCUCUCAAAUAAACGCAUAAAAUCUGC